AUGUCCAUUCUACCUACCUCAGAUCAAGUCAGAAAAAACAACACAUUGCACCCCUCCAGUUCAGGUGAAGAAGAAGAUGAAAGCCCCACAAAAGCUUCAAGGAAGUCUUCUGUUCACAAAAAGGCAAUCUCUGAUGACAACGGGAACAUAGUGACUCCAUUACGCACCACCAGGGUAACACGUAGUAAAGGAGCACCACCUUCCGGGAAAACUCCUGGUCAUGUGACUCCCAGGAAGAACGAAAAUAAAGCAGAGAAACAGAAAAAGGAAAAGGAAGUACUAGUUGAGGAUGAGAGCAGUGAGGGGAGCGAGGACGAAGAUGAAGUAAAGGAAGAUGAUAAAAUAGAAAAGGAACCCUGUGAUAAGUCAGAUGUAAAUGACGAUGAUUCAGAGGAUACAAAGGAUAAAAGUACUGAACACAUUCCUAAAGACAUUGAUCCCUUGAAUAAGGAGAAAGUAGAGGAAGAUUCCAUUGUUGAGGACCAAACUUCAGAACAUUCAAUGAAAGAUUCUACAUCUGACAAUGAAACAGACAAUUUACUUAUUGAUGAAAUAUCAAAUAAAGAAAAAAGGGAUGUAUUGAAAGACAUUUCGCCAGAGAAGGAGUCUGGGAGUCUGUGUGAUAAAGAAAGUGUAUGUGAUGAGGUUAAAGGUGAAGAGGGAGAGAUGAAUGAGGCAGAAAUCUUACAGGCAGGAAAUUCAUGUGAUGAUGGUGAUCAAAGUGAUCCCAGUUUUGAGAAGAAAGAAGCAAAGAUCAAAGACAAAGAAUCAGAAAACAAUGACAGUGAAAAGGAGGAUGAAAUGAUGGAGUUAGAGGAGGAGGAGGAAGAAGGACAGCUGUGUAUAGAUGAGGCAAGUGAUGAUUGUGAAACAAAGAAGGAUAUGAACAGCCAAGGGGAGAGUACUCUGAAUAAAGGGUUCAGUAGCCCACUUAAAGACAGGACUUGUGAGUUUUGUUCUGUGGUGAAGAAAAGUCCUGCAGACCUCCAACGACAUAUCCGCAAACACACAGGGGAACGUCCAUUCAAAUGCAAGAUGUGCAGUCGUAUGUUUAAAGCAAAGCGAAGCCUUCAGUACCAUCAGUUCAUGCAUCAUGGUAUCAAGAGUGAAAACAGUAACAUAUCCCAAAAGUAUUCCCUAAUGCGGAAGCGAAAGUUAGAGAUGGAUCAGCUACGAGCUGAGCUCAUCUCUCCAGAUGGAACCAAGCGCUUCAAGGGGGAUGACUCGCCAGAUGUAACAAUGAUGGAUGGUAUGACGAGGCAGGAUGGAAAAGACUCAAGCACAAGCCCAGAGAGUGGUGCCGAUGUGGAAUGUCAGAGUGAUCGCACUUGUUAUGUAUGUGGCAAACUCUGUCUCAAACCAAGUGACCUCAAACGACACAUGAUGUGCCAUACAGGGGAACGUCCAUUCAAGUGCGAUAUCUGUGGAAAACCAUUUCGUGCAAAGAACAGUAUGCUUUAUCACAAAAAGUCAGCUCAUGGAUUUGACAUUGAACUCAGUCCAGGUCUCGAGGAACGCUUCCUUCGACUGAAAAAACAAAGUAACCUUAACUCUAUAGCAUCCAAAAUGGCCCAUCCCAACCUGGAAAACACUCCAAAACCUCCAGUUUCAAACGGUUCUGAGGUGGACAUGGGGGAUGUUGACUCUGAUGAAACGUCAUCCAUACCAAACUUAGACAGCUACGCUAUGGAUAAGAAUGAUAAAGUCUUCUACAGUUGUGGCUACACCAGUUCUUUUCAGGAUGAUGAAGUAGAGCUAGACGAAUCAACGGGGUUGUUCAAGCAUAAGAUGCUAAAUGGAAGUCAGUGCAUAUUAGAAAAACCUGAUGAUAUGCUGGUGAACUCCAAUGACAUGUUGGCAAAUUCCGACAGUAUGGAUACGCCAGAUAUAACACAAAUGAUCAAGGAUGGAUCAAGUAUGGUUGGGGCUGAAAUCAUCCACGGAUCUCACUUCACUAAAAAUAGAAUCAGUAUCCGCAAUGAGACCGUCCUCGUCACACGACUGGAUGGCGUGAACAUGACAACUGGCAAAGAAAUAUGCCUGUACAAAUGCUACUUAUGUGGAAAGGUGUUUAAUUAUUUGAGUAAAGUGCAGUGCCACUUGUCAAUGCAUUUUGAAAAAGAUAUUGUGAUUUUUCAGUGCCAGUUAUGUAAAGCCUCAUUCUGGUUUAAAAACCAAGUGAUGCAGCAUAUUCGAAAAAGACAUCCAUCUGAGGUUGACAAUGCGAGUAAAAGACAAGAAAACGAGUGUAAAAAUAAUGAUGCUGACAAUGACACGUCUAACUCUGACAUGGAUUCAGGAAUUCAGGUAAAGUCAGAAGGGAACGACGAAAACAGUGAUGAAAGAGAGGGUAGUUCAUCUCCAGUGGGUAGCAAACUCAAAAAGGACGAUAUAUUCAAAAAAGAAAGUGAGGAUCGUGAAAAUGAAAUGUUGUGUCGAUUUUGGCGUGGAUUGAAAUAUCGAAAGAACAGUAACGGUUCCUAUGUGUGCCUGGUGUGUCGCAAGUCAUUUCACCGUGAGAUUUCCCUACUCAAACAUAUCAAAAUACACAGUGGACACAAACAGUGCUAUUGUCAGGAGUGUGGCAAGGGCUUCUCCGAAUUCACGGCUCUACGCCAACACUUGACCCUUUUCCAUGGCCUUCGAGACAACCACCAAACAGUUAAACCCCAUAUCAAAGCCUCCACCAAACAUUCACUUCUGUCAAAUCUUUUGAGUAAGAAGGCUGGUAAAGAGGCAGACACAGACGUCCACAAUUCUACUCGUCAGUCACAGGAAGAACAUGCACGCCAGUUACUCAUCAAAGAAGGUAUACAGGAGGAUGUAACUGUGGUCAUGCCUUGUGGGCCGGAUGAUGACCCAGAUGUUGAUGAUGGUCCCCGCCUGUUGGAUGUUUGGUCUGAGAGAGAUUCGGAGGAGAGCAGUGAAGCUAACAGUCAAGAUGGGAUGGUCACUCCUCUGUUACCUAGACGCUCAUUAGGAAAGGAAACAAGCAAGUCAAAAAGGAAGUCUUCACAACCGGUGAAACUGCAUAAUGCCUCCAUCCCACCACCUGCUCCUUUACAGGUGUCUAUUCCAACUCCAGCACCAGCUGUUGCCCGUGUUCCAAUGCAGAUCCCAACACGACUCCUCAUCAAUGGCGAGGCUGCAAGAGCGGCUGUUGCAACCUUACCUGGAAGAGUAGACCUGCCUGGCAAUGUACAGAUCAAACAGGAGCCACUGUCACCAACAGCUGAUGUGCCUACCACAUCUGUAACAACAUCCAACAUGGUCUCUACAAAUCCCCAAGUGACUCAGUUUCUAAUGAACUCUGGCCAGAUGAUCUUGACCAGUGGUAGUGGAUCAACACCUGGCCAACCUCAGCCUAUGAUGCUUUUGUCCAAUUCGGCCUUCCCCUCUCCUAUCCCUGGAAACAUUAUAGGUAUGGUACAGGUUGCAAACACAGCUAAUCAAAUUUCAGCAAAAGACCCUAUGCCCUCAGACAGCUCUACCCCAAUGUCAUCAGAUCCAUCCCCAAUCAACUCAGAUGGUAAUGACCGGGAAACCCUCGUGGGAUUCCCUCGCGUCCAGUGGUCACCAAACGAAACUCCUCCUACCUCAGGCUCUGGCUUCACUUGGAGCCAGAUAUCUGCUGAUGGGCGCAAAGUUACCUCCCUUUCUCGUACACAUUCAAGACUGCCUAUUGUGAAUGCUCCAGUCAACAGAGACAAGGUGUGUAAGCCAAUGACCUUGACUGAUGGUAGACAGGUGUACAGAUGUCCUUUCUGUAGUAAAGACUUCCUCUCCUACUCGGACAUCAACAGGCACAUGGACUUCCAUGAGGAUAUCCGACCAUAUAAAUGCAAGUACUGUGACUACUUUGCCAGAACUAACAGUCAACUCAAGGUCCACAUGAUGAGGCAUCAAGGUAUACGAGAGUUCUGCUGCAAGGUGUGUAAUUAUAAAGGAGUAACACAAUCUGACUUAAAUCGUCACAUGAAGUCCCAAAUUCACAUACUAAAGUCUCGCAAUGAGUGUAACCACUGCGGUGAAGGUUUCGUUACACAGAAGAAUCUGGAGAAGCACCUGGAUGGAAACUGUAUUGUCAAAAUGACCAAGAUGGAGGACACUUCUGAUUUUUCUUGAAAAUUUGGAAUCCUGAAAAAUUUCAUUUUAAGAUCUUAAACAUGCCAAUUAUACCUCACUAUUCAGAAGGAAAGUUU